AAAUCAGUUUUCGUUUCGCUCUUGAAUUGAAAGCAUCUCGCUCCUAAGCCAAACCGAACCUUCUCGUAGGAUUUUUUUCUGCCUGUCGGUUUCCCUACGCUACUACGCUGCUGCUGCUGCUGUCGAAGGAAGGCAAUUCAUCAUCUGUCAGUCCGUCGUCGUCGUUGGCCGUUAGUCCACCAACCCAAUUUAUAUUCUCGGUGGUGUCAAAUAAUCGAAGAGACAAUCCUGAAAACAAUACAACAAGUGUGUGGCGAAGCAAAAAAUAAUCGUGGUUUUACGUCAGCAAUAAUUAAUCGGCUGCCUCGAACGAUCCAUUUAAUGUCAGUCCGAGCGGAAAGUUUGCCAUCGAAAGGAGAGCUCCAAGUUAUCAUCAAUCGCGUGUGUUUAUAUACAAUCGGAAUUUAAUGAGUCCUUGCAGACGCGUUUCUUAAGUAGCAGAGUGUGCGGUGUUCUCAGAGGUCAACAAUUGAUCCGCAAAGCGACGUGAUUUGCCGCCGCCAAUCUGAACCGCAGUGUGCACUGUUAGCGAGUGUCGAGGAGUUUUACAUUACGUACCCUUACGCUACAGUUGGCCAUAUGUUAAGCUACGCUCAAAAAGUGAAUCUACUUAACUUAAUGCUGCUGAAUGUGCUGAUAAAAUACCUUAUAAACUCUAACGUUACAUAACGUACGGCCGAAACGCUAGAAUUCCGUUGAAAGUCCUUACUGAAAAGUGGAAUUGCCAGGCUACGAGCACAAACCCCAAGGUGCAACGUUAAUCGGAAAGCGAAUACAAAUUAUAACCCCUGGCAAGAGGAAGAGUGUAAUAAGUUCUUGCUACUCGGUUGGAAAGUACCGAGAUAUUUUGCAUCCCGGCCGGAAAAGAAAAUCAAUUCACAAAGGAAUGAUGAAUCUCAAAAUACUGUACCUGCUGGCCAUGAUGGCCAUGCUAGCGCCUCAGAUCAACGGGCGUGCGGUGGACCUUGAUCAGGACAACUCCCUGUCGGCAUCAUCGUCCUCGACCGUACCCCGCAUGUCCCGACCCAAUUUCGUGAAAAUCACCUCACCCCCUCCAGUGCAGAUCACCCAAGUCCGCGGAAGCACCAUUGAGCUCGAGUGCGAAGUCAUGGGCUCACCAACUCCUACCGUACAGUGGGUUCAUGGCAGCGGUCAAACGGCAGAUUGGGACGAUGCCACCAUGAACAUCAUUAGCGAAAGCAGUCCUACGACAAUGGCUCGUGUAGUGUCGCGAUUAGUAUUGGACCAUUCGUCACAUGCCUCUGAAAGCACAUACACCUGCAUCGGUCGAUCAGGAGGUCAAAUGGCUCUCGCCUCGACCACCGUCUUCCACGUUGAGGCCGCCCGAGCCAACUUCACCGACAUGAUGAAACCCGCUCACCAUCUGUUCAUGCAUCUGAAACCAGCUCGUGUUACGCUCCACUUCAGGGCGUUAUUCGAGUACAUGGGCUCAACCGUCAUCCUGCCCUGCAAAACCGUUGGCCGUCCCCUGCCCGAAGUCACAUGGAAGAACGAAGAAGGUAACGUCAUCGGAAGCAUGCAAGAUCCCCGUUUCCGUACGCUUCCCACCGGAGAACUGAUCAUCAACGACCUCCGAUGGUCCGACAUGGGCUCCUACACCUGCGUGGCCAAGAACGCCAUCUCUAAGGACGAAGCGGAAACCUUCCUCUACCCCAUUCGGCCCAACUAACUCUUAAACAUUACCAUUAAACAUGACAAGUGAAGCACUCUCUUGGACUAUGAGUAAUGGCUCCCGAAAACACUAAUUUAACAACGUAUAGUUACUGUUUCCAAUAGUCAGCUUAACACUUAUGCCAUUUACUUAACUUAUUCAUUAUAUAUUUAGAUUUAAUGAAAAACCGAUUAAUUUAUUUUAACAAUCGUAAGAAUAGUAUUUUGAACGCUUAUCGCCCAAUUAUAGGUCAGCUGACCGAUAAUUGAGUAGAUAGUGAGUUAACAUGAUUUCAUUAGAAUACUACCUAAUAAGAUAAAACUAAAUGUAAGAACUCGACAGUGCCAAUGGCACGAGAGAAAAGCGUGAAAUUUUAUCACCAUACCUGUUAAUUGUACAUAAAUUGAAUAAAAUGCACAAAACAACAGGAAACUGGAAAAAUCUUUAUAACAUUACCGAUGCAGACAAAUGAGAAAAACAUAAUCUCCAAUUAAAAUAAAACUUCCCUAAACAAAUUGAA